AUGGACUACAACGACAACAGCCUUAGAUUCGAGGCGGGCAAUACCAACAUCGACCCAGCUAUAUUAAGGGAACUGCCGGAAGGCUGCAAGGUCACAUCGACCGAGAACCAUGGCGUAAGCUUCUGGGCACAGACGGGUCGCAUCGAUGUCUUGCUCCGCGAUAGUAAACCACAGUCCUUCUUCAUCAAAGUUCUUUCGGGAGAACUAGGCAUGAAUAUGACCAGGGGUGAAUUUCAGUCAAUAAGCGCGAUGCAUCACGUUCUACCAAGAUUUGUCCCAAGGCCCAUCGCUUGCGGUACCUACAGAACGAUGCCAGACACCCACUUCUUCCUCUGCGAGUUUCAAGAAAUGACUGACGAUAUGCCUGACCCUCACAAAUUCACCGCUCUUCUGUCAACUCUAUAUCAGAAAAGUGUAUCGCCUACCGGCAAGUUCGGGUUCCACGUCACCACCUACGCAGGAAACCUACCCCAGUUCAUCGGAUGGGAAGAAAGCUGGGAAGUGUUCUUUUCUAAGACAAUGAAACAGGCGCUUGACCUAGAGAUUGAAAGGAAAGGGCCUAGUGAGGAGCUCGAUGUCCUCUCUAGAGCUUUAUUCGAAAAGGUUAUCCCGAGGCUCCUAAGGCCUCUCGAAAGUGACGGCCGAACAGUGAAGCCUUCACUUGUUCACGGGGACCUUUGGUACGCAAAUGCAGGGAUUAAUGUUGACACCGACCAGCCUCUUGUCUUCGAUGCGUGCAGCUUCUAUGCGCACAACGAAUAUGAGUUUGGCCAGUGGCAACCAGCUUGCAAUAGGUUUGGGGAUGAGUACGUUGCUGCCUACAACACAUUCGCUCAGAUUUCCCCGCCGGAAGAGGACUUCCAAGGCCGUCUAGACCUCUAUAGGCUGAGGUUUGACACACAUGUAUCAGCGCUUUUUGUCGAUAAGAAGACACUUCGAACACAGGUCCUUGAUGUCAUGAGAGAUUUGGUGCAGAAAUAUGGCUAA